AUGCCCUACGACGCUCAGACUGGCUUGUACACGAGCAAGUUUGGCACGACUACGCUGCCCGACCGCGCCCUCACCAUCUUCGACUUCCUCUUCGAUCUCGAGACGCCCUUCUCGCGUGACCCCAAAGCCUUCAAGCGACCUGACCCUCGUGGGCGGCCGUGGAUUCUCGAUGCUCACUCGCCGCGCUCGUACACGUUCGAGCAGGCGAAGGAGCGGACGCUCGACCUCGCUCGCGCUUUCGCAGCUCGCGGCUUGAAGGAACACGACACCGUGCUGGUGUUCUCGCCGAACGAUAUGGACUACGGGCCAUGUCUCUGGGCGACGUUCAGAGCGGGAGCGGUCGCGUCGUGCGCCAACCCGUCGUACACGGCCGACGAGCUCGCUCACCAGAUCCGCACCGUCGACAAGCCACACCCUGUCAAGCUGAUCGUUGUCCACCCCGACGCGCUCGAAACGACCGUCCAGGCAUGCGAGAAGUCCGGAGUUUCGAGCGAGAUGAUCGUCCUCAUCCGGCCACCUACGAAAGCGCUCAGUCCGCCUGUCAACGCAAAGCCUCUCGCCGCCGGAUUCCCUACCCUCGAUGACCUCGUCAAGGGGGCACGCGACGAACCGCUACCGCCGAAGGUCACGCUCAAGCAGGAAGAGAUGAAGACGAGGCUGGCGCUCCUCUCGUUCAGCUCCGGUACGACAGGCUUGCCGAAAGCCGUCAGGAUCCCUCACUAUGCCGUCAUCACCAAUGUCCUCCAAGCUUCGUCGCACUGGCAGCAGACCUUCCCGCUCCAGCCCUACGACCCGAAGGAGAAGAAGGGCGACGUUGUGAUGGCAUGUCUGCCUUUCUAUCACAUUUACGGUUUGGUCGUCAUACUGCACGGCUCGCUGUACCAGGCGGCACCGAUCGUCGUCAUGCCGCGCUUCGACUUCCGCCAGUUCCUCCAAGCCAUUCAGGACCAUCGCAUCACGACGCUCUUCCUCGUCCCGCCUCAACUCAUCAUGCUCGUCAAACAAGAUAUGGUUAAGGACUACGACUUGUCGAGCGUGAGGUUGGCGAUGACCGGCGCCGCGCCGCUCACGAAUGAGAUGGUCGCCGCCUUCCGUGCCAAGUAUCCGCACGUCGGCGUCGGACAGGGCUACGGCAUGACGGAAACCUCGACCAUCAUAUCGCUCCUCGACGCCAGCAUGCCCGGCGGCUUCCCCGGCGAGUCAGCAGGGAUGCUCGUCCCGAACAUCGAGGCGAAAAUCGUCUCGCCCGAGGGCAAGGCGCUCCCGCCUGGUGAGAUUGGCGAGCUGUGGUCGCGUGGACCUUCGAACAUGCUUGGAUACCUCGACAACGAGAAGGCAACUCGCGAAACCCUUGAUUCGGAAGGCUUUGUCCACACCGGCGACGAAGGCUACAUCACCAAGGACGGCCUGCUCGUCAUCGUCGACCGCAUCAAGGAGCUCAUCAAGGUCUCGGGCUUCCAGGUUGCCCCGGCGGAGCUGGAGGGACACUUGCUUGGACAUGAGGACGUGCAGGACUGCUGUGUGAUUGGGAUCCCGGACGAGAAGCGCGGCGAGGCGCCGAAGGGCGAGUCUCGCUCCCUUCCUCUCGCUACCUACAUCACCCUCACGCCCGCCGCCCAAUCGCGCCUCAAGUCCGAAGGCGAGGACAAGAUCGUUUCGAGCAUCAAGAAGUGGGUGACGGAUCACAAGAUCAAGUACAAGGCGCUCGCCGAGGUCGAGUUCAUCGACGCUAUUCCGAAGAACCCGAGCGGCAAGCUGCUCCGCAAGGAUUUGCGCGCUCGUCACGCCCGGACGGUCAAGUCGAGGUCGGCGAAGCUGUAG